UAGACCUAGUGCUGGCGCUGUGAUUAUACGUCACUAACGCGCCGAGCAAACUUUGUGCCUGUGGCGCGAGUCUCGAACCGGAGAACCGGAGUCAUAAACUCGUGGGAAACAUGAGCCUCCCCGGUGGGCACCUGCAGCCCAGCUUCCUACUGGUGAGAGAAAGCGACACGUGUUUAUAUAGAGACUAUAAUGGGCCAUGGAUAGUGUCAGUAAAGUAGCCAAUAUCGUAUUAAACCUUGCAGACACAUUGGAAGUGUAGAUGGAGCAUGAAGUGGAGCUGGGCGAGGAAUAGCUGCACACCAACCAGCUCUUAAAGGGUUACUCACUUUGUUUCACUACAUUGGACUUCUAUUUGGAAUUCUCACUCUAGUGACUAACCCUGUAAGAAGAUUCGCCCCCCAGCGCACAAUGUGGCUAAUUCUAGAUUUUAAUAUUUAAUCAGGGAAUUGUGGAGAAUGGACAAAGGAAAUUUAAAAUAUUACACUAAAGUAUCCAUGUUUUAAUGUGUACGUCACGUAUACCCAAUUUUCAAUUGUUACUUUUACAAGACAAUAGGUAUCUUAUAUAGAUUGUAGUGAACUUCCAAAUGGCAGAGAAUUGAGCCGUAAUACUGGGACAUGUUAUAUGCACCAAACAAUUUCAUUAAAGGAACACUGCAGACCCCUAAGGCACUUCAACUUGCUUUAUGAAUGAAGAGUGUGCCCUCCUUUUUCUCCAUUUUAUAAAAAGUGCAGGUUUCAAUAGAAAUUGUCACUUUUAUAAUUUAAUCUUGUUACACUCCUUUGCUGUCAAGCAUACAGCCAAUUUGUUACUCAUUGGUUGAUUAGCUCAGGGAAGCCAAACUCAAGAGGCAGACAGGCAAAGGGCCAGAGUACAUGCCUUGCAAAGACUUCUCAUUGUGCAGCAUUGAGAACUCUGUAAUUGGACAACCACAGAUAGUUAGUAGGGGGUGGACAUGCAAAGGCUACAAGAGAUCUGCAACUUUUGAAAUCUGAUUUUAGAUAUACCCCAUAUGGAAACAUCUACUAAACAGUUGUUUUUAUUUUGGCAGUCAAGUGUCCCUUUAAGCUAAUGUUUCUUUGCCGCUUAGAUUAUACAUUGAAUUGAUGUGUUGUCAUUGCAUUACUGUUCUUACAGAAACACUACUAUACAAAACUCCCAUUGCCACUAAUCUGCUUAGAUAACUGUGGGCAGUGGUAAGAGGAAAAAAUAGCAAGUGGUGUGCAGGUUUUGGUAAUUGAUUUGUUUCAUGUUCUACAACACCAUCAAUUUCACCGUGAUAAAUAGAAAAUCCCCGUUCCUCACAUAGAGUGGAAGAUGAAAGAAGUCUCAGUACUUGGGAAAUCACGUAUUAUUAAAGGACCACUAUAGUGCCAGGAAAACAUACUCGUUUUCCUGGCACUAUAGUGCCCUAAGGGUGCCCCCACCCUCAGGGUCCCCCUCCCGCCCGGCUCUGGAAGGGGGAAAGGGGUAAAAACUUACUUUUUUCCAGCGCUGGGCGGGGAGCUCUCCUCCCCGUCGGCUGAAGGCGCACGCGCGGCAAGAGCUUCGCGCGCAUUCAGCCGGUCGCAUAGGAAAGCAUUAUCCAUGCUUUCCUAUGGACGCUUGUGUGCUCUCACUGUGAUUUUCACAGUGAGAAUCACGCGAGCGCCUUUAGCGGCUGUCUCUGAAACUGCUAUGUUUAUAAAAGAAUGGGUUAACCCUAGAAGGACCUGGCACCCAGACCACUUCAUUAAGCUGAAGUGGUCUGGGUGCCUAGAGUGGUCCUUUAACCAUGCAAGGAUCCAAUAUCCUAAAACCCACCCCAUAGGAGAAAAUAUUGUGUUACACAACCAGAUAAUGAUGUAAAGAGAUGUAAUGAAACAAAUUAUAUCAAAACAACGCUGGGCAAAGAUAAUGCAAGUACAAAACCACAUAAUUCAACAUGUGGACAUGUAUAUAUUGAAACAAUAAACUAUAUAAACCUAACUAUAAAAAUACAUACUGAACACCCAGUAAUCUAACAAUCAUCAUAAACUGUUAUUAAUUUUAUAUUCACCUUAAACACACAGUAUAUUGCCAUAUAUUAACAAACUAUCACAUAAUCUUCAUAUAAACUGUUAUGUAAAACAAAGUAGAAAAAUAGAAACAGUUAAAAAUCUGUCAGUUCAGUAGCAAUCAGAGAUACUAUAUUCCAGUGAUAUACGUCAGUUGUCUAGAUACAAAUAAAGUUUAGAAAACGUAACAAAACAAAGUUGCAAGCACUCCUAAGGGAGAGAUUUAAACAAGAUUUAAAUGUGUAUAAUAUACAGGACUACAACGUAUCCCCUUUAGCAGGAAACAGUUAUAACAAUAAUUUAGUUGCCAUAGAAAAUAGCAAUAUCUCCAAGUGGACUUCUUAAAACAUGGCACCAUAUCCAUUGAAAGGGGAAUCGCAAUACCAAUACUGUAAAAGUCAUAUUUGAUGAAGACUGACAUUAAAGCACCCUGAAAAAAUCUAACCAGUAACUUUACCACAAAAAAUAAAAUUAUUCCUCAAUAAGAUAAUGAAAGAUCCCAUUCUACACUUAAUCUUAAGGGUGAUCUAGUGAUAAAUUAAAGAUCCAAAACAUCUCUUGUAUCUACAAACUUUGCAAGGAGAAUAACCACAUUUAAAAGAACAUUUUGUAUUUUAACCGCAUAUUCUGAUUGACACGGACUUUCACAUCAUUACUGACAAAAAGUCUUGAGGAUAACCUAUGUGCCAAAGUUGGUGCCCUCUUAGCAACGUAUUUAAUGUCAUUGGAAUUGAGCUGAUGUAAUUGAGCAGCACCAUGUACAAUGGGCAAGUUAUUAAUGAUUAUUUUGAUAUUAUUGAGUAUAGUAAGUGAGAAAACAAAAAUCCCUCCUUUUUUUUUGCCACACAUCUUCUCUAAGGAGAUCACUCCUUUUCCUAUUACCUGCAAUUUCAAAUUGAUUAAAACUAGGAGUCACAAUGCAUCCUCCAGCUUGAUCCCCUGGUCACCUAUUGCUAAUUUUUUCUAUGUUUUAAGCCAAUCAUUGCCUGAAAACUAUAAACAAUAUACGUUGUCAACAUGAGGACUAUAUUAGGGGUCUUUGAGGGGGAAAAAAAUGCAAAUACACCAUAAUUUACAGUGCUACUUUAAAUCCUAAUUAAAUGUCCAUCAUGAAGAUAUUAUGCCCACCUUACUCCUUAUGUAAUGGUUUGUUUUUUUUAUCUGACUUAUUUAAAUUUCUUUUGCAGGCCUCACUCAAAGCAGAUUGUGUAAACAAACCAAUAUUCCAGAGGUGCCAGGACAUUGCCAGAAUUAUUGAGGAUUUUCCUGCUAAGGUAGUGUGAUAAAUAUAUUUGCAGGAUCCAUCAUUUUCUUUCUCUGAGAAUGUUUGCUUAAACAGUUGUGCUGCAAAGUAUGCACACCCUGGCAAAAAUUGUGAAAUUUUGGCAUUGAUUUUGAAAAUAUGACUCAUCGUUCAAAAAAAAAGUAUUUUGUUGAAGUAUGGUGGUCAUAUGAAGCCAUUUAUUAUCACAUAGUUGGCUCCUUUUUUAAAUCCUAAUGAUAACAGAAAUCACCCAAAUGACCAUGAUCAAAAGUCUACAUACCCUUGAAUGUUUGGGCUUGUUACAGAUAUUCAAGGUGACAUACACAGGUCAAAAAGGCAAUUAAAAGAUUAAUUUCCUAAACCUGUGGCUUUUUAAAGGAUUUUUAAUGUGUGUGUUAGCUCUCAUGUGGAUGCACUGAGCAGGCUAGAUAUUGAGCCAAGGAGAGCAAAAAAGAACUGUCAAAAGACCUGUGUAACAAGGUAUUAGAACUUUGUAAAGAUGGAAAAGGAUGUAAAAAGAUACCCAAAGCCUUGAAAAUGCCAGUCAAUACUGUUCAAUUACUUAUUAAGAAGUGGAAAAUCCUGUGAUCCCUUGAUGCCAAGGUCAGGUAGACCAAGAAAGAUUUCAGCCACAACUGCCAGAAGAAUUGUUCAGAAUACAAAGAAAUAUCCACAGGUAACCUCAGGAGAAAUACAGGCUGCUCUGAAAAAAAAAGACAGUGUGGUUGUUUCAAGGAUAGAUGAAUGCAGCAUGGUAUCGGAAAAUACUGGCAGGCAAUUUGCAUUCUUCUGCACGAAGGCUGCGCAUGGGACGCUCUUGGACUUUCCAGCAUGACAAUGACCGUAAGCACGAGGCCAUGUCUACUCUCCAGCAGAAAAAGGUGUAGGUUCUGGAGUGGCCAUCACAGUCUCCUGACCUUAAUAUCAUCAAGCCACUCUGGGGAGAUCACAAAUGUGCGGUUCAUGCAAGACUAUCAAAGACUCUGCAUGACCUAGAGGCAUUUUGCCAAGACGAACGGGCAGCUAUACCACCUGCAAGAAUUUGGGGCCUCAUAGACAACUAUUACAAAAGACCGCAUGCUGUUAUUGAUGCUAAAGGGGGGGCAAUACACAGUAUUAAAAACUAAGAGUAUGCAGACUUUUGAACAGGGGUCAUUUAAUUUUUUUCUUUGUUGCCAUGUUUUGUUUUAUGACUGUUCCAUUCUGAUAAAACCUACAGUUGAGCAUGAAUACCAAAAGAAAUAAAAUAAAUGUUUUUCCUGUUCACUAAUGUUUCCUAUAAAAAAAAUAUACAUUUAAGGACCUUAAAACCCAUCUCUUCAGGAACGUUUAUGGCCUCCCAGAGUAAUCUCUACCUUACAUACCUGUCUCUUGCCCUCUCCAUUAGCACAGUGCUUUACUCUCUCCUCCAGCUCUGCUUCACUCCCUAACUAUUUGAUAUUUCCUGUCCUAACGUUUCUAAUACCCCACCUCCUAUAGUCUGUAAGCUCGUUUGAGCAGGGUCCUCUUCAACCUAUUGUUCCUGUAAGUUUUCUUGUAAUUGUCCUAUUUAUAGUUACAUCCCCCCUCUCAUAAUAUUGUAAAGCGCUACGGAAUCUAUUGGCGCUAUAUAAAUGGCAACAAUAAUAAUACAUAUAUUACCAAAGCAUCAAGGGUAUGCAAACUUUUUAGCACAACUGUAUCCUCUCACUACUAUUUUGAGUAUAUAAUUAAGCACCAUAUAAUUGUACUUCUUUAAUGUAUAUUUUCACCUACACAAUCACUGCUUAUUCUUUGUCAUUUAUUGGGACAAAUUUUCUCCUAAAAUUCAAUUCUUUACAAGUAAGAACAAUUUUUAAGUAUUUUCCUCCAUUUAUUGUAUGUUGUACUCAAUAUGAUUGUUUUAUUGUUAUGAUCCCUCCAUGAUAUUUCAAUAUGUAUAACAUAUGGGAUAAUACCCUGCAUAAAUGUGACAAUGUGUUUUCCUUCUGGUCUCAGGAGCUGCAUUCACUCUUUCAAUGGCUGAUUGAGACAAUUUUCGGUAGCCUUGAUGGCAGCCUUUUGGGCUGGAACCUUCGUGGUAUGCAGGAGCAUGCCAACCCAAAUGAUUUUCACACUGUCCUAGAAUUUCUGCAUCCAGGGUAAACUCAACAUCUUGGGUGUGUCGUGAUUAGCUCUGAUGAACUAUUAUUACAUGUUGUUUUUCUUCUGUGUUUUUCUUAGUGGUUCCAUGAUGAAAAUGAUAUAUAAGCUGCAGGCUGAGGAAUACAAGUAUGAGUUCCCCAUCUCUUACCUUCCCGUAAGAAAUGCAUUUUCAAGUUCUUCAUAAAAUCAUCCGUAAAUGUGUAUCUAUGUAAAGAUAAUAAUUUUAUUCUUCUAGGGGCCCGUUCGAGCAUCUUUACAAGAAAGAAUGCUGCCGGAAUGUUCUUUAUACCACAAUAAGAUUCAGCUUCCCACUGCAGGCGGACUAAGCAAUAAUCUGUCUCUGAGUAUCCUUUGCUGUACCACUUAGAAAAUGGAACUAAAAUGAGCAAAACAAGUUUUUUGUUUUUUGUUUUGGACUAGACUUAUUUAUAGAGAUAUUUCACUUCUAGAAAAGGAAUUAGAAUGCUACAUAUAUGAAGCAAGCAUCAUCUUCACUGAUUACAGAGAGUGAGUUAUCCAGACACCUCCAGAAAAGUAUCACCAUUGUUUCCUUAGCAAAAAGUUGUAUACACUUAUUAGUUGGAUGUUUAUGGAGCUAAACCUUGUUGACAUUUUUUUCUUUUGCUUUAAAGUGAAUACUUCACUUGCUCUGAUUUCUUACUUAUUUUUAAAUAAUGCAGUAUUCUUCAUUGAAUGUGAUUUUUUUUUUUAUUUUUUAUCUUAAACAAAUACUAUGUUGUUCCUUAAUUACAUGUCUUCAGACCCUUUUGAGUAUUUUAUGUUUCACUUUGCCAUCUGUCUCAUCACUCAAAGGGUAUGUAUUCACAGCAUUCAGAGAAUAUAAAAUUAACGACGAAUUUUCAUAUUACUGACAUUUACCCAAACACACUUGAUGGACUAACACUCUCAAGCUAUCCGCAACCACCAAGGCAAACCCUCCUGAUCUGUACGGUGGCCAGAGAAAGACAGAGGAGCCAGAGCUGUCAGGCGCCAGAGGACAAACGUUGGGUUUAAGCCAUUUAACAGUUUCUGAACUCAGCUGCUAUAAAAAAAAUAAUCUGAUAUUAGUUUUAGUAAAAAAAAAAAAACUUUCAUUUAUAGGAAAUCCCUUAUUUUGGCUUUCAGUAAAUAUCCAUUUAGUUCCUGCAGGUCUUGAAUAAUAUUAGGAUUAUAUCAGUUCCUAUACAAUCCAGUAUGUGUGGAGACAAGCAGAGUGGAUAAGUGUUUUUUCAAUUCUUCCCAUGCAGAACUACCCUCAGGGGCAUCUCGCCAGCACAUCAAACAGUGCAUAUUUUUUGCUAGUGGACAAAUACUUGAAGUGGUUUCUUCCUGUUGAGGGGAAUGUCCCCCCUCCUCAUUUUUCUAAUCCAGGAGGAGCUGUGCCCUCGCCUGCCCCCAGGUAACAUGACAAACUAAUUGUAUAUUAUUGGAGUGAAUUAAAUCCGCAUUUUUAUUAUUCAGGCAUGAAUUAUUCUUUUUCAAAUGUUACUUUAAAUACUAGUGUUCUCUCUGCCUAGGCUUAUCUUGCAAGCAAUACAUUUUUCAUUUCAGGUCCCCAUCAAUUCCAUUCACCUCAUAUGGUACUCACCCAAGUCUUCUGAAGAGACACGUUUGUCAUCAACAUCUGGUGAAUGCUGAUCCUGCAGCACAGGAAAUAUGGAGAUCGGAAACUUUAUUGCAAGUGAGUAUCAACUGCAACUAUUUAGCACGGGUGUUUUUUAGCGGUUGUAGAUGCAUACAUUUUGGGGGCUAGAAAAAGGUGUUUUGUUUUUGUUUUGUUUUUUAAAUGUCAUCUUAUUUUAUAAAAAAUUAAUACUAAAUUAUAUGAUAUAAUGAAAAUAAUGGUAUCUUUAGAAAGACCUUUUAAUGGCAAGAAAAACGAUACAUAAUAUGUGUGAGUACAGUAAAUGCAUAAGAGGAAAAUUACAGCUAAACACAAACACCGCAGAAAUGUAAAAACAGCACUGGUCCUAAACGGUAAGAAAAUUGAAAAACAGUCUGGUCACAAAGGGAUUAAAGAAAUACUAUUGACACCCAGACCUCUUCAUCUCAGUGAAGUAGUCUAGGUGCCAUGUUCCUCUCAUUUUAAGUCUGCAGUGUAAACAAUCACUCUUGUGCAGGAAUAGAAAUGUUUACAUUGCAGGGUAACUAGAGAUGCUUUUGACAAAAUAGCCGAACAAAACUUGGCUAUUUCAAUCAGAUGGUCUUUCAGCGUUUUGUUUAAUUAUUUUCUUUUACACUCCUGGUGGGGGGGGGGGGGUCAACUAAACUGUGGCUUGGACACAAUAGCACUAGGAACGCACAUUUGUAUUCCUAAUGCUAUAUAAUGUUUCUUUUAAAGGAACAUUGUAAUGUUUCAAAUACAGACCUGUAUUUCUAGUAAUUUCUAACUCUCUGCAAGGGUUCUCCGAUCUACUUAGAUUCAGUCUUCCACCACCCUGAUUUAAAACAAAAAAAUAUUACUUGCUUUUAGUUUUUGCUGGUCUCAGGAAUCCUUAGAGACAAAUGCAAACACUGUUUUUGCAACAGAACCACUAGACUAAGCUGUAGUGGUUUAGGUGCUUAGUGUCCCAUUAACUUGAAGUUAUUCAGUGUUACUGAAUUAUGGUUUACAUAGCUUUUUUCACACUUUACUACUUUUUUUCUUUAUCAUUUAUACAAGCAUUGCAUUUCAUUAAAUAAUCUUGCUUGAAUUCUGUUUUAUGCAACAAAAUAUAUUUCUUUACAUAUUAACUAGUAGGCUUUUUUAAAUUCUGUUUACUUCUCGACUGUGUUGCAAUUUUAAGAAUAUUAUAACACUUGCACUGAAAGUGGUAGGUAUUCAGUAUCUGUUCUCUUACAGACUUGGAAAUAUAUAUAUAUAAUAUGCGUGUGUGCUGGAUUGUUUAUUUUGUAUGUUGUGUAUAUGGGCCCCAGCAGCACCCUAUAAUGUAUGCAUGUUCAGGUGAGUGCAGCCCUCUUGGUUUCAUAUACACGCACACCAUAUAUAUAUUUUGUUGCAUAAAACAGAAUUCUAUAUCGCCAAAAUACCAGAGUAUUGCAGUAUGCAAUGAUACCUUUUUUUUAUUGGACUAACAUAAGAUUUCAAAGACAAGCUUUUGAGAGUUUUCCUUUCUUCUUCAGGUCUGAAGCAAAACUGAUCAAUGUGAUAGAGUUUAACAUUUAAAACAACUAAUGUUAGGAGAAGAAGAGGCAGGGGGAUGAGUGGGGUAUCAUAAAUAGCAGAAGAUGUGCCUGAAAGUGAAAGGUGCAGGUUGGCUGAGAAUAGCCCCCAAAAAAGUAAAGUGUCCCACUACUAACACUUUACAUGAACACUCCCCCAACAUUAUCUUACUGUUCUAUGUAUCAACAUUUCAUAAUGCAUUUCAAUAUGUUUAUUCUAUCUAUAUACAAAGUACUAUGUAUAGACCUAUGCUUUCCCAUACUUUUAUGCAUGCUUAUAUAUGUGACUGUGCAUUUAUAUUUGUGUAUAUGAGUUCGUGUGUGUAUGUAUAUGUGUUUUUCUCUCUCUCUCUCUCUCUCUCUCUAUAUAUCUCUAUAUCUCUCUCUCUAUAUCUCUAUCUCUCUCUCUCUCUCUCUCUCUCUCUCUCUAUAUAUAUAUAUAUAUAUAUAUAUAUAUAUAUAUAUAUGUGUGUGUGUAUAAAGUGUACCAUCUUCUGCAAUGUCUCCUUGUUUUUUGUUUUUCUCCCUCUCCCCCCUCACUCUGAUCUUCAGAAAGAUAUUUAUGAUCCUCUGCAAGAAUGUUGUCUAUUUUCUAUCAACCCUGUGUCUUAUCUGCACUCAUAUCGCUUUAACCCCUGUAUCACAACUCAACUUUGAAUUCUAUGUGUUGUCUUGCUCAGAAAUGCUUCAGACUUGAGAAAGGGAGGUUCUCCCGAAAGCUUGUCAUUAAAUUCUUAGUCCAAUAAAAAAAGAAAUGACGAUACAAAUUUUAUGUUUUUUUUAUUUAUUUUUUUAUCUAUAUACAUAACAUAUAUAGAAUUGUAUAUUGCACAGAAAUUAUAAUUGUAUUAAUGACUGUCUGCUAGCAUAAUUUUAUCUCUUUCAAUCUUCUCAGGCCUUUGUGGAAAUGUGGCUUCACCAUUACUCUGUAGAAAUGUAUCACAAGUUGCAGUCUCCGCAUGCCAAGGUAAAUAACUGGCCAUUUGUAAGUGGCUGGGUCAAUCAUUAAACUCCAAAUUGUAGAAAAUGGAAACCUGAGUGGCAAAAAUGAAAGGGUGACUCUAAGUGGCUUUACAACUUUGCUUGCAAAGUUGAUGAUGUAUAGCAGGUGUAGGCAUCCUUUGGCACUCCAUUUGUUGUGGACUAAAUCUUCCAUUAUGGUCUUGCAGCCAUUAUUCUGGGAAAGCUGAUGAGGAGAUGUAAUCCACAAUAGGAGUGCCGAACGUUGCCUACCCAUGGUGUAUAUAGUAUUCUGAAUCCACUCUCAGCUCACUGGGCUAUCACCCACAGUUUAUGUUCAACACUCCCUCAGAGUGUUCAGACGGCUUUAAUUCUCAGUUCUGGCUGCCAGAUACAAGUUUUGUCCGAGUUGUGCAUGCGCACACUGUUUGUACCAUAUGGUCUGAGCUCUCACUCUUCCCUCAAGAGAAAUUUACAAGAUACUGACUGCACAUGUGAUGACUCCAGUAGCUGCACAGAGCAGAGUUCCCUAAACAGUGAGCUGGGCCGUAUGAAAUUGAUACCAACUGCCAUUUUGAAGGAGUGGACUGCUCUUGAAGGAUAAAUUCCUUUUCCCAUAAUACUCUGCAUCAUAAAUAAAUAUUUAUCUUAUAGUUUCCCUUUAAGAUGAGAUUAGAAUGUUUCCAACUUAAAUAUUUUAGUGCAGAGAAUAACCCUGUAAGUGUUCUGCUUAGUACAUCAUAUUGAUCCAUUGUUAUAGUACUUAAUAUCUAGUAGUUCAUUGUUUUUGGGUUGUUUCGUUUUUUUAUGUCUUUCAUACUACAUAAUCUAAUGACAUGUGAAAUUGCAUACUAGCACUUCAUAACCUAUCGUGUCCUUGUGUGGUAUAAAUUAUGCUUGGAAGUUAACGGGUGACUCUAAAUGCCACCACAAAUUUGCAUUAUUAAAAGUUAAUGGUGUAGAGGGCAUCCUGAAGGGUUUUGAGUGAGGCUUAGAACCACAUUGAUUUGUAAAAUUCUCUGCAGGUUUAAGAGCCUUUUAAAGCUGCCAGACAGCCUUAAUCCAUAGUUCUGGGUUGUCUGAAUCAAUAUUAUCUAAGAUCUGUGUUUGACAUCUGUUUGCCACAUGCACAACUUGCACAAAACAUGUCAAGCCGCAGACUACAAAUAUGUGCAUGACCGCUCUGGCAAAACCUUAACUGUAAACCUGGCUGUGUAAACUGUGGUAAGGUUACUACAAGUUUAUAGAACAGUUCCACUCGUCCUAUAUGUAUGUUUGUGUGUAAAUAUAUAAUUUAUUUUUUAUUUUUCUUCAAUUAUAUUAUUUUUGUUAUAUCUAUAUCACGAUUAAAAAUUAGGUGAGAUGCAGCCACUCAGCAUACUCCAGUAUCCCUUUAAGGGUUCUUGGGUGGGGAAUUAUAUUUUAUGUGGGUAUCUGUAAAUGCCACAUUGUUUGUAUUUGGAUUGCCCAAUCAAUUAUUUUCCCUCACCCCCUAUCUUCUAUUUUUUUUUUUGUCUGUCCCCCUGUUGGGUCCUGUGUGCCUAUCAGCUGGAAGCUCUCCACAACAGACUCAAUGUGUCCAGCUCUCAGUUCAUUUGUCCUGCAAUGCCCGGCAUCUACCAUUCAUACGAAGUACUUCCAGCUUUGUGGGACACACUUGUGCUUUUAAACAUUGCUAAAUUGAGGGGGUGCUUCUUUUUUCACCUCCAUCUUUACUUACCUUGCAACUCUUGCACACAGACGACAAAUCUUCUGGCUAUUAGAUCUCAUGGGCUGCCUAACCAGACAAUUUGUUGCUUUUUUAAAUUACCACUGAUGCCUUGUCUCAAAAACAUUGCUUAUGGUACACAUGCUCUGCUCAUACUGCUGAUUCAGUGCAGCUUGUACGAAUACAUUCUUUCCUCAUUACUGACUCAGAUUCUAGAGGUGUUGCAUAACCCUAAUGGCUAUGUGACUGGCUGAACCUCUGGAUGGCUGCAGCUAAUCUGCUCUGGCUGGAGAGUCUGCUGAUAUGUAUUUUUAUUUAUUUUGUUAAUCUUUUGGAAAAGAUACAUUCACUCUAAGGGAAAAAAAACAACGCAAGGUAAAAAAAAAAUUGACUAGUCAAAAUAUCAAAAUUUUAAUGUUAAGGUACACUAUUUUAAUGUGGAACUGUCACUCCCCAAAUGUAUGGACAAUAAAGUCACUACUGGACCAGUGUGCAUUUAAUCUAUAUGUUGUGCUUGCAAAACCUCCAGCAAAUGUAUAGGUUAAAGGGACACUAUAGUCAUCAAAACAACUUUAGCUUAAUGAAGCCAUUUGGUGUAUAUAGCAUGCACCUGCAGUCUCACUGCUCAAUUCUCUGCAGUUUAGGAGUUAAAUCACUUUGUUUAUGCACCAUAAUGUCACCUCCCUGCAUGUGACUUGCACAGCCUUCUUUAAUACUUCCUGUAAAGAGUCAUCUAAUGUUUAUGCUUCCUUUAUUGCAAAUUAUGUUUAAUUAAAAAAAUCUUAUCCACUGCACUGUUAGUAGCUUGCUAGACCAUGCAAGAGCCUCCUGUGUGUGAUUAAAGUUCAAUUUUGGGAGCAGGAGAUAAACACUUUCAAAGUAAGUUACAUCUGAUUGAAAGUGAAACCAUUUUUUUUUUUCAUCCAGGCUGUGUGAGUCACAGCCGGUGAGGUGUGGCUAUGGCUGCAUGGACAGAAACAAAAGUGAUUUAACUUGUAAGUGGCAGUGAAUUGAGUAGUGAAACUUCAGACUCAUGAUCCAUACACCAAAACUGUUUCAUUAAGCUAAAGUUGUUUAGGUGACUAUAGUGUUCCUUUAAAAGAUAUUUAGAGGUGUAUCUUUUCAUCCUGUCAAAGUGGAUAGGUGGAAUUUGAGAGACUUCCCACCACUGCAAUAUUAAGAAUUAUGGGAUAUUAGAGUGUCACUUUGGCAGUGAGUGGCUGCAUGUGCAGCUUCCUACAGCUUAUGUAUAGUCUUUACCUCCAUCUGGUGACAAAGGAGUAAAAACUAAAAAGGCAAACAAAAACCGUACGACUGAACCAAUACAUUUGGUAUUAGUUUGGCUUUGUGUAGAUGUGAGAUGGUAUUGAUUAUAAAAGGCACUUUACCAACCAACGGUGUUUGUAAGUGUUUGUUUUGCAAACCAGGUAUUUGACAAUAAUUAACAUUUUAUUUUGUGAUCAAUAAUCCUAUGCAAGCCUGACAAUUAAGCUUGUCAAUGUUUUAUCUUUUUUUUCUUGGAGGUGGGUGGUAUUCAAUAAAACUAUUGGAACUUGUUCUCUUUGGGGACAGCACAGUAAUGAUGCUGUCUCUCUUUGGGAAAAUAUUACACGAGUUGUAGCUUAUCGGUAAACAGCACCUAAAUAUCACUGGGAAACCUGCAGCCUAGGACAUAUACUAUACCAUGUAUAUUUUGUUUCUCAAAACAAACUAAUUUUGUACAUUUCUUUGGAAUUUUUAUUUUUUUCUGGGCAGCAUUUUUGCCAUUACAUCCUAAGAGAGUGAAUGUGGUCUUAUAUCCAGUUUAUGAUUAUCAGUAAUCUGCUUCCUAUUCUUCCUAUGCUUUUAUCAUCUGCUGGGACUCCCUUUCCUGCUCUGUUUACUGCAGUCAGUUUUAAUUUGCAUAUUUUCAAGGGCCUGCACUUAGUUUGCAGAAUUCUAUAGUUGGCUUUUUGACCAAUAAUUUAACAUUUUCACUUAUGUUUCUGGCUGCAGGAAUCUUUCCAGCCCACGGAGGAACAUGUUCUGCUUGUCAGGCUCUUCGUGAAACAUCUACAUACGUUUGCCAAUAGUCUGAGGCCAGAGAUAGUGUCUCUUUCUGCUCACUCACACACGGCAAGUCCCCUGGAGGAGUUAAAAAGGUGAUUUUAUGCUGGCAUCAGCAGUGUGAAAUAAAACUCCAGUAUAAAGUAUAUAAUAGGGAAUACAUUUUGCAAGAAAUUAUAUUAAAACGGAACAGUCACAUUCUAGAAUUUUUAAUAUGUAUAUUCCCUAUAUUUACCAAAUAUGUUUUAGUGAAAUAUGAAAAAUAAAUUCACAAAUACACAGCAGUCAGCAUAGAGGAAAGCAUAUAGAGAAGAGGCGACAUUGAAAAAAGUCCCUCUUUCUCCUGAUUUGUAAUGUGUACCCUGGCUUAGGGAUCAACCGAUAUUGAUUUUUUUUGGAGCCGAUACCGAUAAUCUGUGAACUUUCAGGCCGAAAGCUGAUAACGUAUCGAAAUUCUGUACAUUUACCAUUUUGAAAAAAAUAAACUAUUUCUAAAGGUAAAUGCACAAAAUAUACAUGCCACAUGUAGUGGAUGCAGUGCAUGUUUGUGUAGUGUGUGUGUGUAGUGGAUGCAGUGUGUAUUUGUGUAGUGUUUAUCUAAUGAAUGCCGAGUGUGUUUGUGUAGUGUGUGUAAAGUGAAUGCAGUGUGUGUGUAGUGUGCGUAAAGCGAAUGUAGUGUGUGUGUAUUUAGUGAAUGCAGUAUUUGUGUAGUGUGUGUGUAUUUAGUGAAUGCAGUGUGUGUAUAUAAUUUUAUUUUAUAAUUUAUAAAAAAAAAUGUAUUUUAUUUUUUUAAAUAUUUUUCUACUUGGCCAGGGAGGGGGGGGGGGGUAUGGCAUUUCCCUGGUGGUGCGGUGGCAUGGACUGUGCAGUGGGGGCCUGAAGCAGGUUCUUACUUAUCUUCUAAGCAGCUCCCUUCAGUUCCCCUGUGUAAAUCUCACGGCCUGCGUGCCACGGGACUCGCGAGAUUUAGACAGGGAAGCUGAAGGGAGCUGCUGGCAAGGUAAGUAAGAACUUGAUACGGGCCCCGCAGGAUGGUCCUGGUAUAUAAUAUCGGUAUCUCUAUAGACCGAUACUGAUAUUGCAGAAAAUACAGAAUAUCGGCCGAUAAUAUCGGCUAGACCGAUAAUCGGUCGAUCCCUACUCUGGCUGUGCCUGCAGUGAAUUGGAUUAUGUAAUUUAGUACAUUUUUAAUAUUUACUAAAAACAAGAAACAGAGGACCACAAUAAAAAGUUUAAAUUGUGUAAUUUUCAGAGAAGUGAGGGUUCUCCUCAGAUAGGCAACAGUUCUCAUCCUAGAAAACAUAUAUUAAUGUUCUAUGCUUACUUCACUGUGCCACCUGUUGUCUCCUUUUGUCAGGGUGGUUAUACCAAGAUUCGUUCAGCAGAAACUGUACAUCUUCCUGCAGCAUUGCUUUGGUCACUGGCCUCUUGAUGCCUCUUUUAGAGCAGUAAGUACUUUUAUUUGUCAUUUUUAUCCUAUGUUUUUGGUUGCAUUUAUUCCUUUGACAACUGACACAUUAUCAUUAUUCUAACUGUCCAUUCUUCCUGCAGGUGUUGGAGAUGUGGCUAAGUUAUUUGCAGCCUUGGAGAUAUGUCCCAGAGAGAUCCACCCCUAUUAUCAGCGAACAACAAAAUCGCUGUGUACCUGAAAAAUGGUUAGUAGACCACAUCAAAAGAAACCAACUCCAGGCUUCCCAACAGUCCUGAUUUCUGUGUGACAGUCCCUAUUUUAGGAACCUGUAUUUCCAUCCUGACUUUUUUUUUUCCCCUCUGGUGUCCCAUUUUCAGAAACUGAGGAACUGUCCCCAAAAAGCAUAUCAUGAGCAUAUCAUUAGAUGAACUCGCAUUAUACUUUGGGAACUGCGUGAUCUGCCCUCAGUGAGUUGACCAGUGUAAUUGGCAGGCAUCCUAGCAUGCAUUCAUGGCAUACUAACCUGCCUAUUAUUUGUGCGGAACUGACCCAUUUGGACUCAGCCAGUUAUACAUUCGUGUUACUGGCCCAACUCCUUUUGCUCUGCACACUGGCAUCCCUCUUUACGUGAUGCUGAUGGAAUGCAACUGUGAAGAACACUGAUCUUUAAAUCAUGACUGGUCCUUAUAAACUCAUUCUAUUUUUGGUAUCUGUCCUAAAUAUGAGAGCGAACAUUGUAUACCUGGUCCUUUGGAAAAUUUAGAUUUUUUUUUAAAACAGAUAUAAAUAUCUAUAUUUAAUGUGUGUCCUUAUAAUUGUAUUAGAAGCAGUGAGCAGGAACUCUUCAGCCCACCCCGAGGAUUUUGACUGUUUCUUACCGAAAAGGUUUGGUCAUCAUUUAAUUAAUUAAAAUCUUUACUCAUGUCUCCUGUCACAUACGUAGGACACCUUUUGUGCAGGAAAACCUGCUUAUAUACACAAAGCUCUUCCUUCGCUUUCUGAACCGAGCUCUCCGCACUGAUCUUGGUAGCCCAAAGAAUGCCCUGAUGGUCUUCAGGGUUGCGAAAGUGUUUUCUCAACCCAACCUCCCAGAAAUGAUUCAGAGAGGUGAGCAAUGUUUGACAACUGUUUGUUUAUAGGUGUAAGAAAGGCUGAACAUUUUGUUUCUAUAUGGCAUUGUCUAUUUUGCUUAUUCUUUAGGGGAACAACUAUUUUUGGAGCCAGAACCUGUCAUUCACCAUCGGCAGCACCGGCUCCUUAUGUCUCCAAACCUAGGUGGAAGCUUCUUAUCUUCCUGGCAACCGCCAAUUACAGAUGCCUCAUUGAAAGUGAAGAACCAUGUAUACAGCUUGGAAGGGCAGGAACACCAAUAUGUACAGAUGUUUGGUACUGAUGCACGUAAUCUGGUAAGUGUGGAUGACAUCAUGUGAUUGGGUUAAACAGGCCUAAUGAAGCCUCAUGUUAGUUUUUCUAAAUCUAGUGUCCUGCUUUUUUGUUUUUUUUGUGGUUUUUUGUUUUUUUAUUACCAUGAUUUUCUUCCCUUUCAGGUUUUGCGACUUGCUCAUAUGAUAGUACAAGCAAAGCAAUCUGCUAAAUCGCUCUCUGACAAUUCUCCGGAUGCUUUAGGCAAUCAGUCCUUCUUGUCUUGGUUUGGAAUGAACUCUACAGAACAGAAUAACUCUUACUCUGGAAAUGAUAUGGAUGAAGUUGGAUUUAACAGUGUUCGGAAGACGGACGAGCACUUGGAGAAAGCCUUGGAUUACCUUUGUCAGAUCUUUAGGGUGAGCAGCUUUGUGACAAAAUAAUAUAAAUAUAUAUAUAUAUAUAUAUAUAUAUAUAUAUAUAUAUAUAUAUAUAUAUAUAUAUAUAUAUAUAUAUAUAUAUAUAUAUAGUGUGUGUAUAUAUAUAUAUAUAUAUAUAUAACAGAAAAUGUGUUCAUACUUACUUUCCUUUCCUUGGUCAUAGGCCAUGGCAGCACAACAAUGGGUAGCUCCUUCCCAUACCUAAUUAGACAGGAAUAUAUUAAGAAAACGGUAUAAAUACCCCCUCCUAUCCCUCCCAUCCUCAGUCUUGUUGUCAGCAAUAUCCCAGGGCGGGAUCUUUGUGCUGCCAGGGUCUAUGACCAGGUAAUAAAAAUUACGGUAAGUAUGAACAUAUUUUCAGUUUUCCUGGCCAUAUCAAUGGCAGCACAGCAAUGGGUAAUACCCAAGCAAAAACCAAGGGUGGGAGAAGAAACAUACAUACUCCAAAUAAUAAUGUAAGAAUUUACAUCCCAAUAAAUAAGUUAUACUUGCAGUAUGCUAUAGCCCCUAUUUGGGAAAUGCCUCCUUUCCCAUUAUCAUCUGAAAGACUUUGCCUGAUGGGCACACUACACCUGGAUUAUUGUCCGAUCGGCUGAGAAAGAAUUCUGAAUCCAGUGAUUACCAUCUCCAGACCAUGUUUGCACUCAGUCUGUAAGGCACUCAGUAAGAGACACCGAGAUCCCCUGAAACUUGUUUGUAUCUGCAACUGAUCGUUCUUCAUAUGCAUACUAGAUGAUGCUAAAGGUUGCCUGACUGCUAUAUCUCAGCAGAUGGAGAACUUGGCCAAAUAAGAUCCUUUCCUUUGGCAACAAUGCUUAUUUUAUGAGGUUUCCAAGGAUAUUCCUAUGCCCUGCACCAACUCCUUCUGCUAGGCUGCAGACUAAUCACGAACUAUGGAUAUGGAAUUUGUGGUAGCUGGAGUACCUCCAGCUACCUUUAAUUGAAGAUUGAUUGGUUCUUCCUUCUUUCUUAAGCCUGUAUUCCAUUGUAGCGCCAUACAAUAUUAGGGCCCUAGAUAUAUUGGCUUGGAUGAAAGCCUGUGCCAACUGAUGCAUAGAUAACAGGAUGAAUAAACCACACUCUUUCCCAUAAAGACUCUACCUUUAUUCAAGAUCAAAAGGUAGAUAUGUGUGGGUCCAAACUGUUUGUCCGCUUGCUCCAGGAAAUAAGGGACUUUAAAGGGGACCCUCCAAAAAAAUAGCUUGAGAGCUUUAACAGAGUAGACGACUCCUAUGGAAGAUGGAGUGGAGGCCUCUACCCAAAAUGCCACUUAUUUCUGGAAAAGAUGGCUUUUCUGCUGCUUCCAGACCGGCUGCUCAAGACACUUCUUUUUCUAGUGAAAUCUUAACUCCUGUCUUGUAAAGGAUCCUUCUGUGGGACUUCUUGUUAGAUGACUUAUCAUGAUAGGGAAACACUGCUUACCUGCUUUCUUUUGUUUGAGGAAAAAUAACUUCCUCACGACAGACCCUGGCCCCAUGCUCCCUUUGAGAGGCAACGCAAACCAAGGCCCUCUCUGACGAAGCAUAAAUCACUACUCCGCAUGACACAUGUGUUAGUCGCUCUGUUCGCCGACCUUUUUAGAAAAACCACACACUUUCCUACACACAAUGGCGAGAGAACAAAUAUCGCGCUACGCCAGAUCAAUCCCACAAAAACACAACCUACUUCGAGACCGAACAGAUUUUGAAUCACUCUGCCUACAAGAAGCGAUGCCACCAAAAGCCAUCUCCCUGAUUUACGCUUCACUGGUGACAAACUGAUACCUCUUGGCACCACCCUGCAUCAGACAAUGGGACGAAGACCUCGAUGAAUCACUCACAGAGGCAGACUGGGACAAAAUCAUCACCCACGUUAAAAAAAAAAAAAAAAAACAGGAUCUGCGCGACUGCAAGAAAACGCAUAUAAAAUCUUCACGAGGUGGUACAUUACCCCUGUCACCCUACAUGCCCGUGAUCACAAAAUACCAGACACCUGCUGGCGCUGGAGAGAGGAACCUUCACCCACAUCUGGUGGGACUGUACCCUCAUUAGGCCAUUUUUGGAGAUGAUCAGCCGAGUGAUAAAAGAGAAGUGACGGAUGAAAACAUGCCACAGACGCCAGCCCCAUUUCUCCUCCAUCACACCACUAUGCCGACACUGGCAUAUAAAAGAUCAGUAAUCCUGCCACUCCUCAACACCGCAAAGGUAAUCAUCCCCAUGUACUGGAGACAACCAAAUACCACCUCACCCCCCCUUAAACGAUGGGUGGAGGAAGUGGAAGACACAAGAGAAUUCGAAGACCAAAAGGCGACCUUGGCGAAAGAUAAGGAACGAUACACACAACGAUGGUUCUACUGGCUGAGACUAAGAUGGAGCCUUUGGGGGAGGACUACUGGGCACGAUGGGCUGUGGCGGGACCAGAGGCAAUGCCCAAGCGGCUUCGGCAGGGGAGGGAGACUAUCCUUCACCCCCUCCCUAAAUCCAUGCGUACAACCCCCUUAAUACCAAGGGAUUGACGACCAGCCACAGACUUCACCCAGCAAACCUAGAGAUACGAUAAACGCCCAUAUCACUCAAACAAACACACCUACCAGCUCAACCAUACUAAUACAAGAGACAGCUAUGCUACCCACCAUUACACGAAAAGCGGAUCCAUGCUCAAAUCAUCAAUCCAGCGGGGAGGGAGGGGCAGGGGGAGAGACGAAGCAAAUGGGAAAAUAAUCAACUAGAGCGAACCUAAAAAUAGCUAAACCAGUACUGUAUAUUAUAUGCAAGGUAUACGUAAACUCCCCUGCGAGGGAAAAAAAAUUAACAUGUCGACCUCAACAACUACGGAUUUAGAAUAUACUAUGCCUUUGCGCAGGCAAAAAACGAUGUACCAAAGCUAUACCAAUAAUGCACCCUAUACGGCUUGCUAAAUAUGCAUUACCUCCCCUGUGUGGGAACACUGUUCAAUGCUCAAUAACAGAAGAUUCAACACAAAAGCUGAAAACCAUGUCCUAAACUCACUGCACAGUAUUCCCUGAGUGGGAAACCUGUUUACCUUGUUGAACGCGGUAACAGAUAUAACACAUUCGCCUCUGCGCAGGCAAAAGUCACUAUUGUUGCUUCUACCAUAACUGUUUCAUAUACUGUUUGGCGCAGUUGUGGAUCCAGAGCCUGAUCUCAGGAGGGGCAUUUGUAGAUUAUUUAAAGAAAUAAUCCAGGCACAAUAACCACUACAGCUCUGUGUAGUAGUUAUGGUGCAAGUAGCGCCAGGAUCCUAGCCCAGAGUAAGUAGUCAAACUGUUUUUUAAGAACUGUUUGACAACUUACCUGGGGUCUGCUAGGAUAUAGGGAAUAGGAGCCGGGGGGGGUGUGUGGGUGUGUGUGUGGCAAUGUGUGUAUGGGGGCAGUGUACGUGUGUAUGUGUGGGGCAGUGUGUGUGUGGCACUGUAUGUGUCUGUGGAGCAAUUUGUGUAUGGGGGCAGCAGUGUGUGGGGGAUAAUGUGUCUAUGGGUGUGCUGUGUGUGUGGGGGGGGGGGGAGGCUUUUAAAUAAUGUGGUUUUUUUAUUUAAUAUAAAUAUAGAUUGUCUCCCUCCCUUCUUACCUUUACUGAGGGAGGAGGGGAGACAUUUCUCCAUCCAUGGUGGUCUGGUGGGCAAUCCCUGGUGGUUCCAGUGGUUAGAGUGAACUCUAGCCCAUAGCUUCAGGGCUAGAGUUCACUCUUGCGAGAUUUGGAGCGUUGCCAUGGUAACCGUGGCAAUUCCCCCCCCCCACACACACACAGAUUUAACGGAUUUAACACAAAAACCAAAGUAUUUAGGAAAUGUGUAUGUGAAUAUUUGUGAAAUAGGUGCCAUUUCCAACGAACCCCAGCGGCAGUCUUGUUUGGUAUAUUGCCAUCCUCCAUAACACACAACACCAGGGUGCUUCUGGUAAUCUUGACUGUGGCUGGGAAAUCAAUCCUUCAAGAAAUGAUUCAGAUUUUUGUCAAAUGACCUUGUUUUAACGUCAUCAAAGUAGGGUUCUAAGUUAAGAUGUCCAUUCUUACCAAAAGUUGUCAAUUGCUGAAAUUUCUAAAAUUUAAAGCAAAUGAUCCAUUGUUCUUUUGAUGGCUGCUUUCUAUUUUUUAUUGCUUUGGGAGUUGGUACAGUAGGUACAGAACCCACAUUGACCAUAAUGGUAAUCUUUGGAAUCUUGUAGAGGUGCUUGCUAUUUAUUAACCCUGUGCCCUCUGCUCUCAGCUGAACUCUUCUCAACUGAACCAGCUCUCCGUGAGCUUUGGAAACUUGCAAUAUGUAAACGGGAGGAAUCUGCAGCCUGAGUGUAUGGAGACACCAGAGGGAUUGACCCUAACCUCACGGGGCAGGUACCAGGUAAGACAAACAAUAUCAUUGCAGUAAUCAGAAUAACCCAAAUACAAUUACGUUAAUAAUUAAGUUGACGGUGUCACAUUGACCCGGUUAUUUCUUUGCAACUUCUUCAUUGUCAUAUGGACAUUCACCGUAGCCUAGGACUUAGGGGAAUAGUAUCAUAAUUGUUCAACAGACUUAGGAUAUUCACAAUUUUUACUAAAAUUAUGUAAGAAAUUUUAAAAUAAAUACAUCAAUGCAUAUAUUUGACACAUCAUAAAGAAAAACAUCAUGGGUACAUUUUUAGAAACGCUUGUUGGUUUUUCUGUUAUGUAGUUUACUUUUGCAGCAAUCCUUUGGAUCUGACCACCUAACAUCUGAACCCAUAACCUCCACUUUAUUGAAUUGUAGAGAAUUGAAUUAAAAAUUCAGGCCAAAAAUAAGAUUAAUAAGGGGGAAAAAAAAGUACCACAAUUUUCAGGUAUGUUUUCAAUUCAAAUGUAAAAAGCACUCCUCUUGAAACCAGGAAUAGCUCUGCACAUGUCAAAAGUACUACCUCCCUCACCUAUAGAAUAAAUGGUUUUAAAAAGUAAGAGUGUUUGUGUUAAAUGUUUCAAAACCAUCCAGUUCGAAUCUUGAGACAGUGGUGGUGAAGAUUGUAUGCAUAUAAAUUCAUACAGACCAAGUUGGAAUUUUAUUCAAAUUCCAAUACAAUACAAAGAUCUUAUAAAACCAAGUAGGGUCUACUUUUCUUAUGAGCAAGCCUGAGAUUGACAAAAGGCAGAGUUUUACUGUGAACAUUUGUCAAAUCCUUGCAACCUUCACUAAAAAUGGCGGUGGGAUUCAGGCAUUUUCUCACUCAUUGCGAGAUGUGAUAUAUGGAAACUUCAGAGUUCUCUUGGGAACCUCAGUCACACUGCUCCUGGAAGAUAUAGCAGCAGGUAUUGCAAAAAGUUUCCAGGAAGAAGAUGGUUGCAGCUGCAAGGGAAAGCUUCAUGUAUAACUUUCUUCUACUGCACUCUGCUGCAAUCACUUUAAUAUGUUGUUUAUUUGAAAUUGUAUUUAUAUUAUGUAUUCACUUUACAGCAUUAUCUCCAAUAUUUGAGGUAUUCUCCAUUAUAUUAACAAAUUAUAUAACUAAGCAAACUAUGUCAUUUGAAUUGCAAAUAUUGCUUUACAGCAUAACGCUGUUCAAGGUUCUUUAUUUUUCAGAGAAACACCUAAUAAACACACAUUGGUGUUGAUUUACUAAACCAGGAGUGGUGGGAAAAAAAUUUUUAUGCCAAAAUAGCAAAUUGUGGCUAUUUGGCCUACAUAUUUUUAUUCCUUUUGUCAGUUAUUCACAGUUACCAGUUGAUUGAAUUACUUAUUUUAAAAGAUCAUUGUAAAAUUUCUCUGCUCUGAGCAAUUAAUUUGGUUAUUUGUAUAUCUAAUGUUUCCUGUUUUUAGAUUGUUAAUGGAUUGCGCAGGUUUGACAUUGAGUAUCACGGUGACCCAGAUUUACAGCCUAUCCGUAGCUAUGAGAAUGCUACCAUGGUUCGUCUCCUGUUCAAGCUGUCAGGUUUUUUAAAUCAAAUCGUAAGAUGUUUCCGGGAUUAUUUGUCUGUCUUUGUUUGGAUACACAAUGUAUUCUUAUAGGGCACAGUUAGACUGUUAUCACAGAAUGUAAUAUAAAAAAGUUUUGUGUGUAACUAUAUGGAUACAUAUAUCUCACAGUAAGAGAAGCCAUUUUGGGUUUAGAAACUGUAGUCUGUCUAUCAUCUCCAUGAACUCCACUAAUAAAUCCCAGGCUUUUUGAUAUGCUGUAGAAGUGUGAUGCACCAGUGCUUUAAGUUUAUCCAUCAUUUUAUCUUUGUUAAUUACAAUGGCUGUGGGAGGGGGAGGAAGCAUCAACCAAACCAAGAAGCAGCCAGAGCCCUGUUGGGAGCAAGGGUAUGUCUAUUUAAUUUCCUCGAUUGAUGACAUUGUUCUCAAAAGGAAAAAACACAAGAGUCAUCUGGUCUGUAUAAAUUCUGGAAAGGAGAACUCUUCUUCCCGCAAAAAUUACUUUGGGCCAAGACCAUCAUAUCUAUUAGUAGGUUCCCCUGUGUUCAGCAAAAAUCUGUGCAUAUUCUAUACAUCAUAAAGAGCUGUUCUGAAGUGGUAUAAAAUGCUUAGAGGGACACUAUAGUCACCAGAACAACUACAUUGCAUGGAGGCGAUGAAUGCUCUCCUUAGUCUCCCAAUGCUUUCCUAUGGAGAGAGUCACAUUUGAUAAUCUUAUCAAGGGACAUGGGGCUAGCUAUGAGGAGACAGGUGUGGGGCUGGAGUAAAGGUAAGUAAUCUUACCUUUUAAAGGUAGACAUGAGGGCAGGAGGCCUAAAUGUAUUUUAUUUAUAACUGGCAGUUCUAAAGCACCAACAUAUUUUGCAGCGCUGAACAAUUAGUGGAGGACGUAACCUAUAUACAGACUUAUACAAAAGUUAGAGAGGGCCCUGCCCUUUAAGCUAAGAUCUAACCAUUGAAGCUCUUUUAUACAAAGUGCUUAGCUAGAUAGCCCGUGAGCUUACAAUCUAAACAAUAUAAUGGGGUUUUGAGACAAGCGGUAGCAGGGGGAAUUUGGAAGUGAUGGCUAAAAGAAGUUGAGAGUUGCAGUUAUUGGUAAAUUAUAAAGGGAAUGAGGAGGUAAUUGGAUGAGACUGUCAAACAGCUGGAGGAGCAUGCUAUAUAUUUAGUAGGAACCUGGGUGGGUGGGUAGUGCUGAGUAAAAAUGGAGAGAUAUUCUGUAUUGUUGAUUCUGGGUGUAUGAGGUAAGGCCUAAAGAACUGAGAUGGAGAUGAAACAGUUAUAUGAAGGUAAUUACAGCAAAGAGGAGCAAAUGAAAAGGAUAGUGGGAGGGUAAACAUUUUUUGUAUACCAUUGAAAAGUUUACCAGCCAAAUUCAUCACCCAAAAUAUAACCGUGUGUGUAGUUGGAAUAUCAUUGGAAUACAUUCAGUGAUAUUAAAAAAUUGCAUGCACAGAAAAUUACAGUGACAAACUAAAGGUAUAGAUUGUAACAAUGCUUUAGUAACAAAUGAUAAUAUGGUAAGAAAGUAAGAAUAAAUUAGGUGGAGUAUCUUCCAAGCUUCAGGCAGUACCUGGGGUUUGCUGGGAAAUUAAAAAUUGAGAGUUUCUGGGUGUGUGAGGUGAGGCGUGGUGGUUGCUGGAAAUAGUGUUACAACAUCUAUAGUGUCCAGAAUACACCUGCACACACACAGAAACUUUAGAUGUUGCCUUCAAAUAUCUUUAUAUUCCUCACUCUCAAAAGGGGGCACCAUAUCUCUAUCCUAGUAUUUCUUCUAUGAUAGUGUACUAUCCCCACUAUGGAGGAAGGAUAUGCGUGCUUUAUGGACCCACAUAGAAAAUUGAGAAAGAUCAAGGCUUAGCAGAUCAGGCUCAAAGUCUGCCCAACAUUUAUAAUUUAAGUGAAAAUACCAAGUUAUAAUCAGCACUUCUCACCUCGGCACCUAAACAAAACAGAAAAUGCUCAAUAAAUGGGUGUAAGUCUAAAAUCAAAAUGCUGAUUGUAUUGCAGUAUCUUACAGAACAAUUGUUGACUGUUUCUCAACUGCUAUUUUCUUACAGUUUUCAGACAGAAUGGAUGCGUUGUGUGCACGCAGGGACUUUCUUGGCAAAUUCUGCCGUUACUUUCUGAUCAGCAGUCUUCCUACACGUACGAUAAGUCCAAAUACUUCACAUCAAUCCUUGGAGUCACAGAGGCCUCGCAUUCGCCUGCGGUUCCUAGCCAGCUACCAGAUACUUUUUUACUUAAUUGUGCUUUACUUUUUUGCAGCAUUGCUGUCAGUGAGACCCAUCAGCUGCACGUUCUAUCUAUUAAUUGGUUACCUGCUUUAUGCUGUUGCUAUGACAUUUAUUACUGAAAGAAAGAAACCACAUCAGAACUGAUACAAGAUCUGUCUCUGUAUUUUUUGUUUGUUUGUUUUUAGUUGUUCUGGUGCUGUGUCUCUUUUAAUGUGACAUCUUCCAUCCUAAAUAAAUGGUUUCUAGUAAAGAGCUUUUUGUUUACAGCCUUUAUUUUUGAUGGAUAUACCAAUUUAAACAUAUAAAGAAUGAACCUGGAGUGGCUGAUUAAAAUAUAAAAAUGCCUAUUCUUUCACUGUAAAAUGUUUUCCUGUCUUCCAUUAACUGUCUGCGGAGGUGCGAAGACAGACAUAAUUUUACCAAUUGCUGUACAUUUUAAGAUACUGUGUAAAUAGGACCGUUAAUUACAUAAUUAAUGUGAACUAUAUAUUGUAAAAUUUAGGUUCAUAAUUUGUAUUAUUGGUGAAAUAUCUCCACUUUAUAUUUUUAAAUAAAU